GGUUUGCUUUUUUGUGUAUUUUUUAAAGGAAUAAAAUAAAGUAAAAAGUUCUUACACUUCUAGGGGGGAUGUUUACACUUUUUGAACGAAUGGGCAGGUCGUUGGUGACGUAACAAGUGUCUCAGCGAAUCAGGAGCGACCUUUUGCGGAAAAACAAGAGGAGGGGUAGUUUAACUGCGAGAGAACAAUGCCCACGUUUCUCUCUUAAUCUCGAAUUAGGAAUAAUUAUUCGUGUUCGCCAGAUGUGUGUAGAGAACUAGCUGUGCAGUAUUCAGCAGGAACGGGUUGAAAUGAAGAGACUAAUUGUUGGAAUUGGUGGGUAAGUGGGAUGACCAAUGGAGGAAAAACUACUCUUUCUAAAAGUCUUCAUCAGAGGAUCCCAAACAGCUGUUUAAUUGCACAGGAUUCAUAUUUUAAAGAUGAAUCUAUAGUUCCGGUGGACCAGAAUGGCUUUAAGCAAUUUGACACGCUUGAUGCUCUCCACAUGGACAAGAUGAUGAGCGAGGUCAAUUCGUGGAGAAGAGAUCCUGUCUCCAUCCAGAAAGAGAAAACCGGCCUGGACCUUAAUCUUUCAUCAGCUAAUACUGGGGUCUUCGUUUUGAUAGUGGAAGGUUUCCUCAUUUUUAACUACAGGCCUCUAAAUGAUCUGUUUGACAAAAAAUACUUUUUGGAAAUACCUUAUGAUGUGUGUAAGAAGAGAAGAAGUUUCAGGGUCUACACACCUCCUGAUCCUCCUGGCUAUUUCGACGGAUAUGUGUGGCCAAUGUACCUCAAAAAUCGGCAAGACAUGGAAGCCCUUACAUCAGAAAUCGUGUUUUUGGAUGGUUUGAAGCCAAAAGAAGAACUCCUGGCAACUGUGUUUGAAGAAGUUAGUAAAGAAAUAACUAGACUUAAAGCUGCUUACAUGUGAUCCAAAGAAGGACAGGAAGUCUUGAUGAGGAAGACUACGAUGGGUCGGAUGUGUAUCUGAAGACAGAAGCUGGAUUGAAAAAGUUCAUUUUCUACCAUUUUGUCACUAAAAAGUAUUUUUCUGUGUACAUUUCUUUGGUUGAAGUUUAUGUUACUUGCAUUUGACAUUCCAGACAGCCUUUGUGUUGGUCUGUGUCUUGGUUUACUGUGAUUGGUUGGAUUUUUAAAGGAAGCCAUUAACAAUGGCCUUUCAAAUUAAAAUAUGUUCUCCAACUGGAGCAAUACAAAGAAUUAUCCAUUUGCCAACAAUUUACAAAAGUAUGACUCUGAAUUAGUAUUACAAAAAAGUGAAAAAGAUAUAAUCUGUCUGUGAAAACUGCACAUCUGUUGAAUAGAACUGCACACAUUAAAUUGAAUAGAUUAGAAAAAAAUCAUUUUGUUUACUAAGUUAGAAAAUGCUCUUUACCUCCCUGACAUAAAAAGAUACAUCCAAAACGAAAGGUCCCAUCAAGGAAAAAAGCUCAAAUGUGAGGAUAUUUUCCAUAUUUAACAAGCCUUUUUAUAAUUAAGGGCUUUUAAAAGACUCUUUUUCUAAAAGAAAAUCUUUCCAGACUUUAGAGACUCAAAUACUUAGU